AGUAGACCAAAAAAAAAAAAAGUCGAAAAGCUGGCAAACAAAGUUUUGACAAAUCAAACUAAAGUACUAGAAUUUCUAUGGACAACUCCACGAGCUUAAUCAAGUCAAUGUACAGUGUUCAAGUCUUUGCCCUUGUCUGAUCUGUGCAAUAUCUUUAGGUACUGUACCCCUCAAAUCUUUAAAUCUUGAUUUUAUGUCAUUCACAAAGUUCCAAUCUUUUUACUCUAUAAAACCCCAAAUUCUUGAUUUUGUAAAAUCUUGAAGAAAUGAACUCCAAAAAUUCAAUCUUGAUAUAUGGGAGGUUGUUUUAGCUAGAAGUAUACCCAGCAAUCUUGAAUCUUGAUUUGUGUCAUUCACAAAGUUACAAUCUGUUACUCUGUAAAACCCCCCAAGUUCUUGAUUUCUUGAGGAAUUAAAGUCCAAAAAUUCAAUCUUGCUCACAUAAACCGUAGAAAUGGGUGGUUGUUUUAGCAAGAAGUAUAGACAAGAAGGUGCUAAUGGGGGGUAUAUGGCAACAAGAAGAAAUGUUAAUCAAGAAUAUCAAAAGCCACCACAACAUCAACCAGAAAGGCCAUAUCAGCCACAGCCACAGCCACAACCUCAGCCUCAGCCACAGCCACAAGCACAUACUGUUACCGUGCAGCCGAUACAAACCCAAGACCAAAUGCAAGGACCUCAUUUGAAUAACAUAUUAGGAAAGCCUUUUGAAGAUAUUAGGAAGCAAUAUACACUUGGGAAAGAAUUAGGUAGGGGUCAGUUUGGAGUGACAUAUCAUUGCACCGAGAAUUCGACGGGGAACCCUUAUGCUUGUAAGUCUAUAUUGAAAAGGAAGCUUGUGAGUAAGAAUGAUAGGGAGGAUAUGAAGAGGGAAAUUCAAAUUAUGCAGCAUUUAAGUGGCCAGCCAAAUAUCGUGGAAUUUAAAGGCGCAUAUGAGGAUAGGCAUUCGGUGCACCUCGUGAUGGAACUUUGUGCUGGAGGAGAGUUGUUUGAUAGGAUUAUUGCUCGGGGAUAUUAUUCGGAGAAGGAUGCUGCUGAGAUUAUUAGACAGAUUGUAAAUGUUGUUAACAUUUGCCAUUUCAUGGGUGUUAUGCAUAGGGAUCUUAAGCCAGAGAAUUUCUUACUGACUAGUAAGGAUGAAAAUGCAAAGCUCAAGGCAACCGAUUUUGGACUUUCUGUCUUCAUUGAAGAAGGGAAGGUGUACCGUGAUAUAGUUGGUAGUGCAUAUUAUGUUGCCCCUGAAGUAUUGCGGCGUAGUUAUGGGAAGGAAGCAGAUGUAUGGAGUGCAGGUGUUAUUUUGUAUAUUCUACUCAGUGGCGUGCCUCCAUUUUGGGCUGAAACUGAAAAGGGAAUAUUUAAUGCCAUACUAAAAGGAGAAAUUGACUUUCAAAGUGAUCCAUGGCCAUCCAUAUCAAAUAGUGCCAAGGACCUUGUAAGAAAAAUGCUGACGCAGGAGCCAAGGAAGAGAAUGACUUCAGCACAAGUUCUUGAACAUCCAUGGCUUCGAAUGGGAGAAGCAUCAGACAAGCCAAUAGACAGUGCAGUGCUGUCCAGAAUGAAACAGUUCAGAGCAAUGAACAAGCUCAAGAAACUUGCAUUGAAGGUAAUUGCGGAAAAUUUAUCUGAAGAAGAAAUCAAGGGUCUGAAAGCUAUGUUUGCGAACAUUGAUACAGACAAUAGUGGCACAAUCACUUAUGAAGAAUUGAAGUCGGGAUUGGCUCGGCUUGGAUCAAAGCUAACGGAGACUGAAGUCAAGCAACUCAUGGAAGCUGCUGAUGUGGACGGAAAUGGAACAAUCGACUACAUCGAGUUUAUUACUGCAACAAUGCAUAGACAUCGGCUUGAAAGGGAUGAGCAUCUCUUUAAAGCUUUUCAGUAUUUCGACAAGGACCAUAGUGGCUUUAUCACGAGAGAUGAACUGGAAAGCGCCAUGAAGGAGUACGGCAUGGGCGAUGAGGCGACCAUAAAGGAAAUAAUUGCAGAGGUGGACACUGACAAUGACGGUAGGAUCAACUAUGAGGAGUUUUGUGCUAUGAUGAGAAGUGGAACACAACCACAGCCGAAGCUUUUCUAGUCAUUGACAAAAAUGCCCUCGAUAGCAGAGAUGUUCAGCAGUCAGCACGAUAGAAAGGCGUCUACGCUGAGAAGAGCACUACAGAAAAGAGAGAUGAAGUAUAAGGAGGCAUUUUGGUUGUAGGUUGAGUUUAAAUGCAGAAUGUGUGAAUAGUUAAGUUAAUGGUAAUAUUUACACUUUCCCUGUAAUGUAUCUGAUCCCCUUUGUAAUUUUGUGUGGAUCACAUUGUCAUGUUAACAGAUUACAACAGGGCAAUCUGGAAUUAGCAUUGUGCUUGAAAAAAGAGAAGACUGUUGACUUGACGUUACUGAUGCCUUUAAGAUGUUAAUGGGAGGUUUUUCAUAUUUAA